AUAAGUUUGAGUGUCACCUCUGACACGUGUGUCAUAGGUUUGCCAUCUCUGCCCUAAACCAAACUCUGGGGUUAGAUGCUGUCCCUGCUUUUCUUCUGGGCUACAAAGACUGGGCUGUGGGGUCCUGGGAGGGGCUCUCCACGGGAAUUUGCAGACCUUGUGCCCAGCAGGAGAGACCUCUCCAGUUUCUCCGAGGUCAGCCCCCACACUAUCACCUUCCUCCAUCACACACACUCACAUGCACGCUGCUUCUGAGGUGGGAGUCUUUUGGGGUCUCCGCUUGUCUGGGAGUGGAAAGCUAUGGCUUCUCAAAGCUAUGCACAGACCUGCCCCCAACCACGGAGCUGGCGAUUGCGGGAGAAUAGACAAUUAUUUGGCCAGGGCCACAGCGGUGGCUGUCCAGGCCCUAGAGUUGGAGGGGGAAAUGAGCCCCCAUCUUCGUCUCUCCAGCCCUCUCUCAGCCUCCCCGCAUCCGAGCAUUGUACCUCAGUUUUAACACUUGCCACUCUGCGGGCCCACCCCACCCCCUCGAGUCUCUCGUGUAGUCACCUUCUCUCCUAGAUGGGGGAAGGGGGAAGGGGGAAGGCAGUGCUGUUAGGAGAGACAAUCAGAGUGGGGGAGGAGGCCUGGGGAGGCCCGCUCGGGCACGGGAAGGGCCGGGCUGUUUCAUCGGGGAAGUGGGAGGGGGCCCGCGGCGCCGGGAGGGAAGCGCCUGUCGCCCGGGGCUCAGAGCCACUAACUUUGCGGCGAGGAGUGACUCCGCAGCUAACUCCCCGAGCUCCCUCCCGGGCCUGGCACACUCAGCUGCAGCAGCCUCGCAGGCGGUGAGUUGGGGGAGAGAGGGAACCCGUUGCUUCAACCCCAAAUCCUGUCCCCCUGGAGGUGAGGUUUUGCUCGGGCACUCCGGAGUCCGGGUUUGAGGGAGGAGGAGCGAAGGAUUGGGCAGAGCUCUUGCCGCCAACUGGGAGAACACUGGCAGCCGCAGGGUGUGCCUGGAAGGAGAUGGGAUGGCCUGAGGCUGGGGGUGGGGAUGGCAGCGGCUUGUACCUGGUGAGGGGGACGCGGCUGGGGCUGGCUGGAAGCGCGGGCGGUAACCCGGACACCGACCCUCCCCAGCCCCGUGCCUGCGUCCAGGCGGUGCAGCGCGGGACGAGGGGAGACCAUGGCCCGACUCUUCAGUCCCCGGCCGCCACCCAGCGAAGACCUCUUCUACGAGACCUACUACAGCCUGAGCCAACAGUACCCGCUCCUGCUGCUGCUGCUGGUGAUCGUGCUCUGCGCGCUCCUGGCGCUGCUGGCUGUCGCCUGGGCCAGCGGCAGGGAGCUGGCCGCAGACCCGGGCUUCCUGACCACAGUGCUGUGCGCGCUGGGCGGCUUCUCACUGCUGCUGGGCCUGGCUUCCUGCGAGCAGCGGCUGCAGCGCUGGACGCGUCCGCUGUCGGGCCUCGUGUGGGCAGCGCUGCUUGCGUUAGGCCAUGGCUUCCUAUUCACUGGGGGCGUGGUGAGCGCCUGGGACCAGGUGUCCUUUUUCCUCUUUGUCAUCUUCACUACCUACGCCAUGUUGCCCUUGGGCAUGCGGGACGCCACAGCUGCGGGCCUCACCUCCUCCCUCUCACACCUGCUGGUCCUCGGGCUGUAUCUUGGGCCUCAACUAGACUCAAGACCUGCGCUGCUGCCGCAGUUGGCAGCAAACGCGGUGUUGUUCCUGUGCGGGAACGUGGCGGGAGCGUACCACAAGGCGCUGAUGGAGCGCGCGCUGCGCGCCACCUUCCGAGAGGCGCUCAGUUCCUUGCACUCGCGCCGGCGGCUGGACACGGAGAAGAAGCACCAGGAACACCUUCUCUUGUCCAUCCUUCCUGCCUACUUGGCCCGAGAGAUGAAGGCAGAGAUCAUGGCACGGCUGCAGGCUGGACAGGGGUCAAGGCCAGAGAGCACCAACAACUUCCACAGCCUCUAUGUCAAGAGGCACCAGGGAGUCAGCGUGCUCUAUGCUGACAUCGUGGGCUUCACACGGCUGGCCAGUGAGUGCUCCCCGAAGGAGUUGGUGCUCAUGCUCAAUGAGCUCUUUGGCAAGUUUGACCAGAUCGCCAAGGAGCAUGAAUGCAUGCGGAUCAAGAUCCUGGGAGACUGUUACUACUGUGUCUCCGGGCUGCCCCUCUCCUUACCAGACCACGCCAUCAACUGCGUGCGCAUGGGGCUGGACAUGUGCCGGGCCAUCAGGAAACUACGAGCAGCCACCGGUGUGGACAUCAACAUGCGCGUGGGUGUGCACUCGGGCAGCGUGCUCUGUGGAGUCAUCGGGCUGCAGAAGUGGCAGUAUGAUGUCUGGUCCCAUGACGUCACACUGGCCAACCACAUGGAGGCAGGUGGCGUGCCAGGACGAGUACAUAUCACAGGGGCUACCCUGGCCCUGCUGGCAGGAGCUUACGCUGUGGAGGAUGCAGCUAUAGAACACCGGGACCCAUACCUUCGGGAGCUAGGGGAGCCUACGUACCUGGUCAUCGAUCCCCGGGCUGAGGAAGAGGAUGAGAAGGGCACUGCCGGAGGGUUGCUGUCCUCUCUUGAGGGCCCCAAGAUGCGUCCAUCACUUCUGAUGACCCGCUACCUGGAAUCCUGGGGUGCGGCCAAGCCUUUUGCCCACCUGAGCCACGUAGAGAGCCCUGUGUCCACCUCCACUCCUCUCCCGGAGAAGGCCCUGGCUUCCUUCAGCCCCCAGUGGAGCCUGGACCGGAGCCGUACACCCCGGGGACUAGAUGAUGAAAUGGACACUGGGGAUGCCAAGUUCUUCCAGGUCAUCGAACAGCUCAACUCUCAGAAACAGUGGAAGCAGUCAAAGGACUUCAACCCACUGACACUUUACUUCCGAGAGAAGGAAAUGGAGAAAGAGUAUCGACUCUCUGCACUCCCUGCCUUUAAAUACUAUGCAGCCUGCACAUUCCUGGUUUUUCUCUCCAACUUCAUCAUCCAGAUGCUGGUGACAAACAGGCCCCCAGCUCUGGCCAUCACCUAUAGCAUCACCUUCCUCCUCUUCUUCCUCCUCCUCUUCGUCUGCUUCUCAGAGCACCUGACGAGGUGCGUCUUGAAAGGCCCCAAGAUGCUGCACUGGCUGCCCGCAUUGUCUGGCCUGGUGGCCACACGGCCUGGACUGCGAAUCGCCCUGGGCACUGCCACCAUCCUCCUCAUCUUCGCCAUGGCCAUUACCAGCCUGUUCUUCUUACCGGCAGCAUCAAACUGCCCUUUUCGGGCCAGCAAUGUGUCCUCCAUGGCUUUCAACCUCUCCUGGGAGCUCCCUGGGUCCCUGCCUCUCAUCAGUAUUCCAUACUCCAUGCACUGCUGCGUGCUGGGUUUCCUCUCCUGCUCCCUCUUUCUGCACAUGAGCUUCGAACUGAAGCUGCUGCUGCUCCUGCUAUGGCUGGUGGCCUCCUGCUGCCUCUUCCUGCACUCCCAUGCCUGGCUGUCCGACUGCCUCGUCGCCCGCCUCUAUCUGGGCUCCUUGGACUCUAGGCCAGGGGUGCUGAAGGAGCCCAAACUGAUGGGAGCUAUCUCUUUCUUCAUCUUCUUCUUCACACUCCUUGUCUUGGCUCGGCAGAAUGAAUAUUAUUGCCGCCUGGAUUUCCUGUGGAAGAAGAAGCUGAGGCAGGAGCGGGAGGAAACAGAGACAAUGGAGAAUCUGACUCGGCUGCUCUUGGAGAACGUGCUGCCUGCACACGUGGCCCCCCAGUUUAUUGGCCAGAACCGGCGCAAUGAGGACCUCUACCACCAGUCCUAUGAGUGUGUCUGUGUCCUCUUCGCCUCAGUCCCAGACUUCAAGGAGUUUUACUCUGAAUCCAACAUCAACCACGAGGGGCUAGAGUGUCUGCGGCUGCUCAAUGAGAUCAUUGCUGAUUUUGAUGAGCUGCUCUCUAAGCCCAAGUUCAGUGGGGUGGAGAAGAUCAAAACCAUCGGCAGCACCUACAUGGCAGCUACAGGCUUAAAUGCCACCUCUGGACAGGAUGCACAGCAGGAUGCUGAGCGAAGCUGCAGCCACCUCGGCACCAUGGUGGAAUUUGCAGUGGCCCUUGGGUCUAAGCUGGACGUUAUCAACAAGCACUCAUUCAACAACUUCCGCUUGCGUGUGGGGCUAAACCAUGGACCUGUAGUGGCCGGAGUGAUAGGAGCCCAGAAACCACAAUAUGACAUCUGGGGCAACACGGUGAAUGUGGCCAGUCGCAUGGAGAGUACAGGAGUCCUGGGCAAGAUACAAGUGACUGAGGAAACAGCCCGGGCCCUGCAGUCCUUAGGCUACACCUGCUACAGCAGGGGUGUUAUCAAGGUCAAAGGCAAAGGGCAGCUGUGUACCUACUUCCUCAACACAGAUUUGAUAAGAGUUGGACCUCCCUCAGCUGCCCUAGGCUGAGACCCCACUCCCUACUCUUCACCUCAAAAGUCCUCGAUAAAGAGACUGGUAUGACUGGAGCCAAUUUAUGCCAGAAGCUGCUGAUAUGGCUUCUGGGAUCACCUCCUUACUUCUCAGCAGGACUGCUUUUUCCCAGGCUGAAGUGAGUGUGUGUGUGUGUGCAAGCAUGAGCAUGAAUGUAUGGAGGGUGUGUUUCUUUUCACAAGUUCGGGAAGAGAACUGCCUCAGCCUCCCUGCCUGCCUGCCAACCUGAUUCCAGUAUUUUAUAAACCUUGGAAGUAUGAAGAAUUUUAGCCACAUAACUCAACACAAGGAUUUGUCUUUUCCUGCUCUCCACCCACAAAUAUUGGAAGGAAUCUCCAGGGAAAAUGUCAUUUGACCUUUAUUCAUUCAACACUAAACAGACACUUUUUAUGAUGUGUUUACUAUGCAGGAUGGGUAAGAGGACUUGGAAAUAAUCUAUUAGGUCUCUCCCAAUGUCAGCUGCUGUUCUAAAAUUGACCCACGAUGCUUUCCAGUGAGGAUUUGUAGACAGUUUGGGGUUCUCCUGUUCUCAGGCCCCUUAGAUGCCCCCUUGCUCCUUUCUGCUGAUAUUAUGUGGGUCUUGAAGCAUCAAUGGUUCAUUCCCAACUGCUCAUAUUUUGGGGUCCAUGAGGCUUUGUUGCAGAUGUUGCACAUGGAUUUUUUAUAUUUUUCCUAAUUGCUCUUUCUUUUUGUGUGUGGGGUGGUGUUUUUUUUAUGGGAAAGAUUUAAAAAGUACACCACUACCACUGCUGCUACCAUCUUCCUAAAAUGCUAUCAGAAUAGAGGCUCUAAGACAACAUUUAUCCCUAGAAAAGAAUGACUCAUCCCUUUCAUUUUGGGGCAUCUUCAUUUCCUAAGGGUGACCACAGUCACAGAGUACCCUCAGCCCCACCCUGUGCCAGAGUGUGUUUUGGGGACCAGUGAAAUGCUGAU